AUGGAAAAUACUCAAUUAAAUACUACUUUUGAUGUGAUAGUUAUUGGAGCUGGUAUAAUGGGCAGUUGUUCUGCUUAUCAAGCAGCUAAAAAUGGAAAAAAAGUGUUGUUGGUUGAACAAUUUUCUUUAUAUAAUAAUUAUGGUAGCUCUCAUGGUGCAUCAAGAAUUAUAAGACUUUGCCAUACAGAUAAUAUAUAUAUUAAUAUGGCAAAAAAAAGUUAUGAAUUAUGGGAUGAAAUGAUGACGUUAGAUGGAAGCCAUGAAAAAUUAUAUACAUCAUGUGGGUUACUAUGGUUAGGAGAUAAAAAUGAUACUUAUAAAAGAGGAAAAUUACUUGAAUCUAUAAAUGCUGAAUAUGAGAUAUUAUCAGGAAUUGAUAUUAAAAAAAGAUAUAAACAUUUACAUUAUGAUAAUGAUGAAUGGUAUGGCAUUUUAGAUAAGAAAGGUGGUGUAAUAUAUGCUGAGAAAUGUCUUAAAGCAGCAAUAAGAUUAAUUAAAAAAUUUAAUGGACAAAUUAAAGAGAAUUGUAAAAUAGUAGAAAUAAUUCCAGGAAAUAUAAUAAGGUUAAUAACUAAAGAUAGAGAAAUUUUAGAGUGUAAAAAUUUAAUUGUAACUGUUGGUGGUUGGUUAAAUAACCUUUUACCAGAAAUAAAAAUUAAAGUUUCACCAACACUUGUCUCUGUCAAUUUUUGGAAAAUUAAAAAAGAAUAUGAACAUUUAUUUGAAAAAUAUUUUCUUCCUGAAAAUAAUUCACCAACAACAAUAAUUUCUAGAGAAAAUGAACAUCUUUUUAUGAUUCCUGGGUCUGACUUUAAAAAUAUGGUAAAAAUUGGAGUUCAUUGUGGUGAAAAAUUUGAUAUAAAUUCACCUUACUCAGAUAGACAGAUACCUAGUUGGAUGGCAGAUGAAGCUAGUAAACAUAUAACUAAACAUAUUCCAUUUAUAGACUCAACAAAACCAGAAAAAAUUGUAUCCUGUGUUUAUCAAAUGACUGAUGACGUUAAUUUCAUUCUUGAUAAACAUCCUAUCCAUAAAAAUAUAGUAAUUGGAUCUGGUUUUUCGGGAACAGGAUUUAAAUUUGGUUCUGUUGUAGGAGAAAUUUUAAAUCAACUUAUUGAUGGAAAAGAAAUUAAAUGUUGUGAUAUGGAAAAUUUUAGUAUUAAAAGAGUAAUCUCUCCCGGGACAAAGUGUAUAUUAUAA